GAUAUGAAAAGGCACAAAGAAAAAGAUAUGCACAGCCAGAUGAUCAAGGAUAGGUGGAGCCCACAAUGGUCCGUUGUUGGCUGUGGAGAAGGGAUAAUGAGUGGAUAAAAACAGUGAAACUAAGCAGGACUCAGGAUGACGUCCUGACCCUUAUACUCACUGCCCCGACUGAUGAAAGCGGACAUACCAAACGCCUUCUUUGCCACUCUACUUUCUUGGACACCAUUGCUGGUAUUAGCGAUUUAAUGUAAGAAUUUAUUUCAUUAACGGAAUUUAAACCCACUGCCUGUCGUGGGAUUUGAACACUAAUCUUUGGAUUACUAAAGCAGAUUUUGGAAACCUAGUCAACAAAGAGAAGCAGCGUGGCAUGUGGAAUGUUAAUUAGUCCCUUUUUAAAGGGGAUCAGAGAUCAGAUUUUUUACACAGAACCAGACUCUAACCUGUUCAGUCUGAAGAAAGGUCUCGACCUGAAACAUCACCCAUUCCUUCUCUCCAGAGAUGCUGCCUGUCCCGCUGAGUUACUCCAGCAUUUUGUGUCUGUCUCCAGUGUGGAAAUACAGUGCAGAAACAGGCCCACCGAGUCCGCACCGACCAGCGAUCCCCGCACAUUAACACCACUCCGACACACACUAGGGGCAAUUUGUACAUUUACACCAAGCGAAUUAACCUACAAACUUGUAUGUCUUUGGAGUGUGGGAGGAAACCGAAGAUCUUGGAGAAAACCCACGCAGGUCACGGGGAGAACGUGCAAACUCCGUACAGACAGCACCCAUAGUCCGUAUCGAACCUGGGUCUCUGGCGCUGUGAGGCAGCAACUCUACUCCUGCGCCACCGUGUCUCGCGUAAGAAGGAACUGCAGAUGCUGGUUUACACCGAAGAUAGACACAAAAUGCUGGAGUAACUCAGCGGGUCAGGCAGCAUCUCUGGGGAAAAGGGAUAAAGACAUUUCAGAUCAGGCGGAGUGUCAAGGAGGGGGACACUGGAGGUGUGGGAAGGUACAGGUACAGAGCAAAGCAGAGCCUGCAUCGAUGGCUCAGGAAAUGUGGAGCCCACAAUGGUCCAUUGUUGGCUGGUGGCAAGGUGAUAGCGAAUGAAUACAAACGGUGCAAUUAGCAAGUAGACUAGGGUGGGGGGAGGAGGAUGGAGAGAGGGAAUGGAGGGCUUACUUGAAGUUGUGGUUCUAGACCUGACCAUGAAGGCCCGUUGCCAUGACGACGUUGCAGGGUGGGCCUGGCCAAGCCUAGCCGUGGUGUCCUCUGCCGCGUGCGGUCCACGUGCUCGGCUUCUUGGAGCAGCGUCCGGGUCCAGCAGAUCCCCAGGCUGCUGCAGGGCUUCCAGCAGCCCACUCCCCCGGUGGGUUUCUGUGGGGCCCAGCUCUGUGGUGGGCGAGCCGGAAAUCUGUGUUCAUGUGAGCUGGCCAAGCGAAAUACCAGGCACACUUUCCUGCCUUACCUGUCUUCCUCUGUUCAGUUCUACAGAGGGACCCCUGUGUUGGCGUACAACAUCACUCCUUCCUUCAACAGCACCGCACAUGGGUCGGAAAGAUCGGAUUAACCCCCCCCAGCGCUCUGGCAAUCGGACUGAAGAACAAGGUUCAAGUGAUUUCCAGAGGCUAAGCUCUCUCCCCCACCCUCCCACUGGUGGUUUGAGUAGCUGAGGAUCGAGGAUACCGCUGGAUUGGAGUUUUACCGUUGGUGUAGGCUUAAGAGGUUCCGUAGGCCAAGGUAAAGGGCAGCCAUCUUGGGGGGAGUAGCAAUCCCCGCUCAUUAACACUGCCUUACACACACUAAGGAACAACGAUCACAUUUACACCAUGCCAAUUCGGCCCUUCGGCCCAACUCUGCCCAUGCUGACCCAAAUGUCCCAUCCAAGCUAGGCCAACCAUUUGGCCCAUAUCACACUAAACCUUUCCUAUCCAUUAUCUAUCUUUUAAAUGGUAAUCAGUGACUUUUAAUUUGUACCUGUCUCAAAUACCUCCUUUGGCAGCUCGUUCCAUACACCCACCACCCUCUGAGUGAAAUAUUUGCCCUUUAGGGGCCUUUUAAAUCUUUUCUCCCCCCUCCUCACCUACUAGUCCACUGGUUAUUGAUCACCCUAUUCAGGGUAAGAGACCCUAUCUAUCCCCCUCAUGAUUUUGAGCAUCUCCGCUAGAUCACCCCUCAGCCUCCUGCUGUCCAAGGAAUAAGGUCCUUGGCUGGCCAACUUGCCCCUCUAGUUCGGGCCCUUGAGUCCUGGCAACAUCAGAGGGGGGAGGAUGGGGUUUCAGCGGCUUUAGUUGGAGAGGGGGGAUGGAUAUGAUGUUGUCAGGCCCCCAGGUCUAUGGUGCCAGCUGCCUGCUCUCUGGCACUGGGGACUUGGUGACCAGGCUGCCCCCCGCCAGGAGCUGCUGCUGGGGACGGGGUGCAUUGGGCCCGGCUGAGGACGGGGCCCGGCAGCUGGGGCCGAGCCAGGAGGCGGUGGGGCCCACCGGCCGUGAGAGGGUGCAGCAAGGUGGCGAGGCAGCACCCGGAGAGGGAGCUCCGGCCGGCGAGGACGCAGAGGGCGAGUCCUGUCACGGAGCUGGUCUCCUCGCAGAGCUAGAGGGUGGCUCCUGCCAUGGAGCAGGUCCCACUGUGGAGGUGGAGGGUUGGCCCUGUCAUGGAGUUUGUCCCCUCGCUGAGCUGGAUGAUGGGUCCUGUCAUGGAGCUGGUCCCCCCCUGGAGGCAGAGGGUGGGUCCUGUCAUGGAGGUGGUCCUCCUGUGGAGCUAGAGGGUGUGCCCUAUCAUGGAGAUAGCCAGGAGAAUGGACCCAUUGAUGGAGCUGGCCUGAUAGUGGAGAAGGGGAGGGGGCCCCCUGAUGGAGCUGACCCCAGUUUGGAGGCGGUUGAUGGGCCCUACCGUGGAGCCAGCGGGGAAACUGGUGGCCCCCCUCAUGGAGCAGGCCACACCGUGGAGUUACAGUGUAGGCCCUGUCACGGAGCUGGCCAGCUGGGAGGCCCACGGGACUGUGGUGAUGGCGAUGGCAAAGAUGGUGCCUUUACAGAGGAGAUGGAACUCCAGCGGCGAGAGUGUGCCCGUCGGAGAACCCAGGCGGGCAAAGAGAGCGCGGCGGAAAUGAGAGGCGUGUUGAAAACCCAUCGCCAUGUAUCCCGGGAGCUCUCUGGUCCCAUCUCUGUGGCUCCCACAAGGCCGGUAACCAUGACGAUGGACGCCAUUGAUGGUCAGGCCUAUGGAUCCUGGGAGUUCUCCGGUUCCACCUCAGUUGCUGCCAAAAGCCCAGUAACCACAGCGGUGGGGGCCAUGGAGGAUCGGGCCUAUGUAUGCUGUUCCACCUCAGCUGCUCCAAAAGGCCCAGUAACCACGGCGAUGGGUGCCAUGGAGGAUCGGGCCUAUGGAUCCUGUUCCACCUCAGCUGCUCCAAAAGGCCCAGUAACCACGGCGAUGGGCACCAUGGAGGAUCGGGCCUAUGUAUCCUGUUCCACCUCAACUGCUCUAAAAGGCCCAGUAACCACAGCGAUGGGGGCCAUGGAGGAUCGGGCCUAUGGAUCCAGGGAGUUCUCCGGUCCGACCUCAGUUGCUCCCACAAGCCCAGUAACCACGACGACGGCCCCCGGGCCUGACAUCGGGCUCCGGGAGGACCAGAGGCCCGAGGAAACGGACGAUGACUUUGGGACGUUCGAGCAGGCGGGGAACCUGGUGGUGUGGGCCGCGGAGGCGGGGCCCGUGUGGCUGGAGGACGAGGAUGGGAUCGGCGGCUGCGGGAACCAGGAGGACAAGGCGCAAGACGGAACGUGGGCACCGUGGCCUGAGGAACUUGCAGAAACUGUACAGCACGGAGCAAGUCACGGGUUCGGUGACGGAGUGGCGGAGAGCUGGGAGAGCACGAGUCCUCGCGGCAGCCCCGGCCCCACCCCCACCUCCAGCGGUGCCUGGCAACCCUUCCAGCGGGGCAGUCUGGGCAGCGGCUUCGGUGCUUUCCCGCUGAGCGAGCGGCAGGCGGCGCGGUGUGGCCUCGGACAGCCCUGGUGGCCCGCCGGCAAGCCGGUGCGUACAACCUUCCCAACGAAGGGGUCUUCAGAGUCCACGCGGGGCAGAGGUGACGUGGAGUCCGUGUUGUGCUCCUGUUUCCCCGCCGUCCCCUGCAGCAGCGGCACAUGCGACGCAUGCCCAACUCUGGAAUGCAUUCUGGACUGCACUGAUGUAACCGGGGAGGAAGGAGCCGCCAGGGGCCGGGCCAGCGAGUUGUGGGCGACUCUGCGGGACGUGGAUGAGGCCGUCGGCCUGAAGCAGCGACACGGGUGCCGGAGUCACGGGCUGCUGCUGGCGGCACUGAGCGUGGAUCCUGCCCUCACGGACCCCGCGCUGGGCGGCAUGACAGCGCUGGACCCAUCCCCGCUGUCCGCCAGGGACAACAAGCUGGAGUCGUUCCCGUCUCCGGUCAGCUCCGGCUGGGAUCCCCGGGAUUUAACGUUGAUCAAGGACUCGCUCCCCCAGCACCAGGUGAACGGCCUCAGUCCCAGCCAUCGCCUCCAGGCCUUCUUUUACCAGUGGGCGCAGGCCGACAGGAACGGGAGGAACAAGAGUGCCUGUGACGUCAACAAGAACCACAUGGCCUAGAGACCCAGGGGGGAGGGAGCGGCCCUCUCCGUCUCUCAGGGAACUCUUUUACAUGGACUUCUAACUCCAAGUUGUGACAUCCAGGACAGUUUCACAAGUUAUCGGAGUAGAAUUAGGCCAUUCGGCCCAUUGAGUCUACUCCGCCAUUCAAUCAUAGCUGAUCUCCGCCUCCUAAUCCCAUUUUCCUGCCUUCUCCCCAUAACCCUUGACGCGCGUUCUAAUCAAGUUUUCUCUUGGAAAAGGUAUAAGGCAAUGGGGAUGGGACCUAAGGGGUGGGGAAUUGUAGAAAUGUAGAUAUUCCCGAAGGAUUGGAGCAAUAUUCCUGAGACCAUCAUUGUUUUUCCUGCAUUUCAGAAUGCCAAGAGCAAAUCCAGCUGUUUAGUUUAGUUUAGUUUAGAGAUACAGCGUGGAAACAGGCCCUUCGGCCCACCGAGUCUGUGCCGACCAGCGAUCACCCCAUACACUAAUACUAUCCUACACACCAAUUAACCUACAAACCUAUGGUACACAAAAAAGCUGGAGAAACUCAGCGGGUGCAGCAUCAUCUAUGGAGCGAGGGAAAUAGGCAACGUUUCGGGCCGAAACCCAACCUACAAACCUAUAUGUCUUUGGGAUGUGUGAGGAAACCGGAGCACCCGGAAAAACCCCACGGGGAGAACGUAACAAACUCCGUACAGACGGCACCCGUAGUCAGGAUCGAACUUGGGUCUCUGGGGCUGUGAGGCAGCAACUCUACCGCUGCGCCACCGUGCUGCCCCGCUCCUGCUCCACGUCCGAUGCAGAUGCCUCGGUUGUAUUUGAGUGCAGAAAGUCAAGGGAGACAGAAACAUAAAAACAUAGAAAAUAGGCGCAGGAGUAGGCCAUUCGGCCCUUCGAGCCAGCACCGCUAUUCAAUAUGAUCAUGGCUGAUCCUACCCCUUCCUGCUUUCUCCCCCAUAUCCCUCGAUAUUCAACGAGAGGUGCAGGGUAUAAUGGAUUGGGGAAACAGAGGCUAACAUUGGCAUGGGGUUUGACAGGGCAGAGAGAGAUGUAAGAUAUCGCAGGGAGAGGGGCGGGGAUGUGACAGAACCCUCGUCUGACCAGAGAGUGGUUCUGAUCUGGAGCUCUCUGUCUGUGGAGCUGCUGGACACUACCUCCAACGGGAGCUUGGAAAGGAGUUGGAGGGGAUUGAAUUGGGAGAGCAAUGGGGAAAGAGGGCAGAAUGGGGAAUGCAUGUGGCUGUAUGGGUCUCGAUGGGCUGAAUGGCCUCCUUGUUUGCACUGUGAUUUUCCAUCAACAUGUAGGUUGCAGAUUGUGAGUGGUCGCCCACCUUAACCACAGGGCGGGGAUUCAAUGAACCUCACAUAUACCUGGGUAAUGUGGAAUUAUUUGAUUUUGCAUAUAAUCCGGUAAAGCUCUGAUGGGAGUUAUAUUGAAUUGAGACAGGGUUGAUUGUUGAAGAGAUUCCCCCCCCCCAUUAUUUGGGUAUCAAACAUGAAUACAAUUGAACAGAGGGAUCUGGGUAUAACCGUGCAUAGUUCCUUGAAGGUGGAAUCUCAUAUAGAUAGGGUGGUAAAGAAAGCUUUUGGUAUGCUGGCCUUUAUAAAUCAGAGCAUUGAGUAUAGAAGCUGGGAUGUAAUGUUAAAAUUGUACAAGGCAUUGGUGAGGCCAAAUCUGGAGUAUGGUGUACAAUUUUGGUCGCCAAAUUAUAGGAAGGAUGUCAACAAAAUAGAGAGAGUACAGAGGAGAUUUACUAGAAUGUUGCCUGGGUUUCAGCAACUAAGUUACAGAGAAAGGUUGAACAAGUUAGGGCUUUAUUCUUUGGAGCGCAGAAGGUUAAGGGGGGACCUGAUAGAGGUCUUUAAAAUGAUGAGAGGGAUAGACAGAGUUGAUGUGGACAAGCUUUUCCCUUUGAGAAUAGGGAAGAUUCAAACAAGAGGGCAUGACUUCAGAAUUAAGGGACAGAAGUUUAGGGGUAAUAUGAGGGGGAACUUCUUUACGCAGAGAGUGGUGGCGGUGUGGAAUGAGCUCCCAGUGGAAGUGGUGGAGGCAGGUUCAUUGGUAUCAUUUAAAAAUAAAUUGGA